UUUGGUAUUGCAUGAACAUCCGUCGCGUCACAUCAAGAUCUCUAUCUGCACUUAUCAUACACUUCCAACCGGGCGUCUAUCCUUCUGUUUGUACAUGGUUUGUCCAGCUUGGGGAGAUGUAGAAAGACAAUGAAUGGUGGUAUGUUCCAAAGUCAGGCUGCCGGUGCUCCAUCCGCCGCCGGUGCUACAUCCGCAGCCGGCGCUACAUCCGCAGCCGGCGCUCCAUCCGCCGCCGGUGCUCCAUCCGCCGCCGGUGCUCCAUCCACCAUCGAAGCAGCCACCUUCUCGGCGACCGCCUUCGCAACGCUCAACCUCUUGAGGGUCUCCUCGCGGCCCAGCAUCUCCAUUGUAUGGAAGAUGCUCGGGCCCUUUUGCAUGGCCAGCAGCGCCCACCGCAUCGGCUUGUACCCGACUUGCCGGAUGUCCAGGUCGCCAAACAGGCGCACAUACUUCGGAUCGGCUACGACCGCCUUCAGCACCUGGCUUAGCUUGUCGCCGUUCCAGCUGCUCUCUUUUACGGCGCCAACCUUGACGCUCAGGAACGCCAAGGCGUCGCGCACCAUGCCUGGAGCGACGGGCGCGAGCGCACCCUCGCGUAGAGUAGCCUCGAGCUUGGUCUCGGGCAGCUCCCAGAUGAAGUACCGCAGAUGGGACACGGCCAACGGGAAGCGGCUCGACGGGUCGUCCGAGAGCGGCUCCCAGGCGUCGCGGACGGCGCGUAGGAGGUCGGUGCGGAACGGCUCGUCCAGGAUACGGAGGGGGAGUUGCUGGCCGAUCUCUCCGGUCGGGAUGUCGCCUGGCGCCGUCGGGCUCCCGUCGUCCUUGGCUGUCUGGACGGCCGCGAUGGCCGCCUUGACCGGGCUGAGAAGAUGGGUUUCGAAGAGGGCCUGAUCGGACGGGUCUUUGCUUGACGCCAAACGCAGGAGGUGCUGGUGCUGAAAAUGUGGCAGCUUGUACGGGGCCACUAUUAUGUCGCCCUUGCUGAACUUUGGGGAAAACUAUAUAAGGGAUGUUCUGGGUCAGACAUCAAGGAACUCUCAGGUCCGGCGCGCUAAUACGUCAAGGACAGCGCUUACGUUCUCGACCAUCUCCCGCAG